CCGUCUCGGUGAGCCGUUGCAUGCGCGCGCGUCGUUCUGAAACCUAAUGUGCGCGUUCACAAUGUCGAAAGUUACGUUCAAACACGCCACCGUUCUAAAAAAAUAAAUUCAAAUAUUAAAUUUAAGAAAAUAUUAUUCGGAUUUGUAAUCUGUGUGAAAAGUGAAGUGCUGUAUUUCUGGAACUUGUGAAGUUUUGAAUGUACUCCAAGAUGGCCGAAUUUCAACAUAUUCUGCUGUUCUUGAUCAUCAUUCUGACAUACGUCUGCGCGGCACCAAGCGAAACUCCUAGUGAAGUUCCCAGUCCAGACCCCAGUCUACUCAGCAAACUCGAAGUUAUAGCAAAAGUCCAAACUGCAGAUGACAAGCUUGAUCAACCGGUGACACUAGAAGACGCAAGUAAUACAGACAGCGACGCAGCUCAAGGGCAGAGACAAAAAAGAUUCUACAACUACUAUGGCUUUGGUUAUCCACCUAUGAAUCCAGUACUUUACCCAAACUUCGCGAAUAGAGAUGACCCUGGUUUUGGAGCGGAAGAUCCAUUAGGUCACAUUUACAGGCGCCUGCAAGACAUUGCUGGUGCCGUUCGGAACCAGAACUUCAAUCAGCCACCGCCGCCUCCCCCGCCUCCUUCGUUCCCAAUUUUAUUCCCAGUAAUUUACAUACCCCAAGUAGGCUGUGGUUGCUCUCCUAACCCGCCCAGGCCACAACCGCCACGAAAAAAUGACACAGGAGUCGACAUUGCAAAUCGUUUCCCAGAAAUGGAGGAUGAGAGACAAAACUGGGGUUUAGUUGUAAAUAAGAACGAGACGGAAGCUGAUGACGGUAUGGAGGAAGAUUUUACGAGACCGAUAUCCUUUGUUCCUAUUCAGCCUAUUCGUCCUACGUCUAGGCCGCCGCCUCCUGUUGAGCACGGGAGCAGUCAAAGUGGCCAGGGUGAACAAGAUGGUCCAACAACGACGACGACGGUUCCUCCUCCAGCUAAUGCUCCUGCAAACCCUCUACCACCACCCGACGCUCCGACUGCCUGUGAUGCUGCUGUGUUGAGUUGUUGUCACCAACCUCAAGUGACAUACGACUGUUUCGUCACCCAAGGUUGUCCGGACCCGACUUCUUAUGGCAAUCCUUGUGAAUCUCGAACGAUACUUUCUGUCAUCAACAAAUUCCAAAGGUUCUACGGUCAAAGGGCCGGAUGAGUCACCCAGCAUUUUACAUAGCCUAUUGAAAUUCAACGCAAGUCUAUUAUUAUAAAGCUAUUUCGCAGCUAGGUUUAUUGUGUACUGUAAAUGCCUUUGUAUCAUUAGAGCGAGCUCAGAUAAUAACUGUGGCACUCUGAAUAAAUAAUAUGAUCGACGAAUAAUUCAUAUCUAGAGUACAUUCUGACCAGAUAAAAGCCUGUAAUAGCAAAUCAUGCAUACAUCCCACACAUUUAUAAUAUUGGACGUCGAACAUUAUGAAUGCAGAAAAAAAGAACAGCAUCAAAUCACAAAAUAUUGAAGAUGAGCCUGAUGGCAAAGAUUAUAAACUUUUAUUUAUGAACAAGAGAUUAUUCACUUCGAUGAUGUAAGUAAAUAUGAGUUGAAGAUAGGUUAUUUCUUUUUUGGUGUAUUUACGCGGAAAAUUAAAUGUAGACACAGAAAAUAAGAUACAAAUUUCGACCACAGACCACACAUGCGCUAUAAUACUUUUCUGCAAAACUACCGGCGAAUAUGAAUCUACCUAUUCAUUUAAUAAUGUCAUGAGACUUUUUCUUUUAAUGGUUAGAAAUAUACAAUUAAUAAAUUAUUAGUUACAUAAAUUGCUUUGCCAUUUUUAAUUUAAAAUGACAUAUUUAAGUCCUUUAGAUAUAUGUUAUUAUGUAGUUACAAAAACAUGAAAUAUUAGUUAGUAAUUAGUUUAAUUUUAGCAAAUAGUCAUCGAUAUAACAUAAAGAUAAGUUUCUAAGUAACAUUACGAAGUAUUAUUAGUCAUAAACGUAAAAAAAAUGCUAUAUAUAUAUUUUUAUGAACUGUUCACUUACCUACUGAACAAUUAAAAAUACAUUUGUAAAAAAUAAAAUUGAAAUUGUAGGCAGCUACUACAGGGAAAGUUUAUUUAAUAAUGUUCACUAUUCACAUUAUUUACAGAAAUUCAUAGAGUAUGAAUUAUUAAUUAUGUGUGUAUUCAAUUCCUGUUCCUAUAAGUACAAUAAAUUAUUUUAAGCGAAA